AAUGUAGUGGCCAAGUGGUUACCUCAGAACGCGUCUGUGAUCGCAGCAGCCGACCGGUGCCGCGCCGCCUCUGAGCUGCCAGUGGUGGUCUGCGGGGAACACUCUCCUUCUCCGCGCCCGCCGAACGGGGCCGACGGCGUCGGUACACCGCCGUGCACGGUCGCCAUAGCGAGUUGCAGUCUGUGCCCCGCUCGGCAUCCCGGUGUGGCCGGCGCCAUGGCCGCCGGCCGGCUGACGGUCGGUCUGGUCUGCCUGUCGGCGCUGGCCGUCACGGCCGGUCUCGACUGGAGCGGCCGGAUGCUGGCCGUCGGGCACACCGACUCGCCCGAGGACCGGCAGCUCACGCAGCUAAUGAUCGCUCAGGGCGAGUAUCACCCCUGCAACGCAACGAGCGACUGCUGCGAGGCGGAGAAGAAUAUCUGCGAGUGUGUGGGCUUCACCUGCAUGUGCUAUGAAGAAGCCUACUGGCAGAGCGCAUCCGCCGCAUGCGUCGAAAAGGCCGGUCUGGACCAGAACUGCUCCGUGUCCGACCCCGACUCCUGCCGGCUGGAGCACAGCAGCUGCGUGUACGUGCGCGGCUACGGACACAUGUGCAAGUGCGACCUGCAGUACUACCCGGACGCGGGCGGGCGCAGCUGCGUGCGCGUGCAGUCGCCCUUCUUCACCACCACCAUCAUCGUGUCCAUCUGCAUCCUGUUCGCCGCCGUCGCCAUCGGCGUCGUCAUGCAGAUCCGCAGCAACAUGCAGAGGCGGCUAUACCAGCAGCACUACCGGCGCCGGGCCGACCUGGACCAGCUGCUGACUGCGCAGCGCCUGGCGCGCCAGCGGCGGGCGGCGCAGCGGCGCGCCCACCCGACCCGGCGCUACUCGGAGGAGGCCGAGCCCGACGAGCCGCCGCCGCCCUACGUGCCCAUCUUCACCACGCGCUCGUCGGGCGACUGGGGCAAGCUGCCCUCCUACCAGGAGGCCGUGGCGCAGCAGGACAACGUAGCAUUCGAAAUGGAGGAUGUUGUGUUGCCGGCGGCGGCAGGACAGGCGCCUGGGAGUGCAGCGACUCCUCCUGAAUAUACAGGAACGCCUCCUGAACGAACAGAAACGUCUUCUGAACGAAUAGGAGCGUCUGCUGUACGGGGACGAUCAGAUACGUUUACUGCGUCGGCCCCGGAGCCGACGACUGAAGUGGAGGCGUCUGCGGCCGAGCGAACUGGAACGUCCGUGGAGCCAGGAGCACCCUCCUCCGGCACAGGGCCGGCCUCGGCUGGAAUACAGCUCUCGGGGGUGGCGCCAGCCGCUGCAGCGAGUCAGCGGCGGCCCCGGCCCCGGGUGGAGGGCGGCGGACCGUCGCUGCCGCAGCCCGGCGAGUCGCCUCUCCGGCGCACCGGCAGCGUCUGAGGCCGACCGGUCACCCGCAGACGGAGCUCCGGGCAGUCCGGUCACCCGCAGACGGAGCUCCGGGCCGACUGGUCACCUGCAGACGGAGCUCCGGGCCAACCGGUCACCCGCAGACGGCGCUCCGGGCAGUCCGGCCACCCGCAGACGGAGCUCCGGGCAGUCCGGUCACCCGCAGACGGCGCUCCGGGCCCUCCGGAGGGCAGACGGAGCUCCGGCGGGGACACUCUGCCGUCAGUCUCAGAGGAGCGGCGGGCUCGCCUGCUCCGGACCGCCAGUGAUCAGUGAUCAGCUCACAAGGUUGUCGAUUUCGAUUCCUCAGUGCAUACAUAUCGGUGAAAUACGGUCUGUGGGGGUCACAAAGGGUGGGUGUGGGACGGUGAUGCAGCAACUCAACGGUGAGAAGCGCUGAAUUUUGGGUACUACUGUGCUACCGGAACAUGCAACUACCAACAAUGUCGAAUGUCGCCCUCUGUCAUUCAUGAAGACCACAAUUGAAUUGUUGGUUUGUUCACAAUAUCUGUACCGGAUUGGCAUGAUAAGUGCUAUCACUAGCUAAUAAUGUAGCCCGAUAGCUCACUGAAGAUUUCCUAGUCCGUAGUCUCAGUAUUUUGGAGUGGGGCUUGCGAGUCUCGAUAUGAAUAUCACCCGAGCUCAACACCGAAAGGAGAUUUUAUGUACCUCAAAUAUCUCUCCUGUUUAUUGUUGUUGUUGUUUUUAAGACAGGGUGGGAAGUCAUUUUAGUCAGUGGCGACCAAAGUAGGCAUAAUGCAAUGGUAAGGCUGCCACUUACGCUUGGAAUAAGUUAUGAUUCUUGAGAUUGUUGUAGCCUACGGUUUGAAUGCGCCGUGAUCACUGUAUAGUAACAGCGUAAAACAAAUUUGCCUGUUACCAUGAUCGAUAUGUUGCUCUUAUUCUGAACGAAAUGUUCAAUAAAAAACAGUGUCAACUGAUGA